ACUCACUGUGCAUUUAACUGUGACUGUGCCUAAUAAUACCGCAUCGUGAAACUUGUGAUGAUCAAUCAAAGAAUCCAACUCCAUUUACGUGUAUAACGCCAAUAAAUUUAACGCUUUAAAAAUCGUGUUACAGCGUAUCAAAGUCAGUGGAAGUCGCGAGAUCCAGUGCGCCUCUACGCGGCCCCUGAUUGGUGUGGUGUCGCCGGCCAUGUUGUGUGUCAUAAAUGCAGAGCGUUUUCGCGGUAACGCCAUUCCUACGUCGAACUUCGAAUCGUGUAGUUGUUCUCUGUGUCUCGCUGUGAACAUAAUUGUGCCUAAUAAGACUGAAUUCUAAAUCUUGUCAUAAUCAACCAAUGGAUCCUGCUUCAUUCACGGGUAUAACGCCUUUGAAUUAAACGCAUUAAAAAUGGCGGUACGUCGUGUCGGUGAAAGUCACGUGACCUACGCGCUUACUAGAAGUGAGGGGGCUGGGACUAGGCCAUUUCUACGUUGAACUUCAGAUUAUCGGCUUUGUCUCCGCGAAAUUCAUUGCUAAUUUGAAUCAGACGCGAUAAUACCGGAUCUUAAAACAAGUUAUGACCGGCCGUACAAUGACUUGAACAAUCCUCACUCAUCUGGGGUCAUAUUCGGGUCAAUGAAACCCGUUUGCUUUAACCAUUUCAUUAGCUCGGGAAUUAUCAGAAGAGUGUAAUUUUUACGGAGUCUCAAGUUGAAUCGACAAUUUUUGAUGUGAUCGACGAUAUUUCACUCAUAUUACGAUCUACACUGGUAGGUCGGUGCAUCUCCGUAUUUGAGUCACGCGCUGCGCAUGUUUUAUCUCGCGUCUGUGUCAAUAGGUGGCUUGUGAAAGACGUUUUUCUCGCAGAAGAAUCACGAUUCCGAGAGUAUUUCAACGGGCAAAGUAGAGCCAGCGAUCAUAUCCACGGCGGGAACCCAACGUGACGGAGUUGACGCUCCUGUCGCCCAACCUAACCUAGGUGAACUUGGAAGGGGGUUUUUGCUACCUUUUUGCCCCAAAAACAAUAAAGGUUUGCGUUCCCGCCAUAAUCAAAUCAAAGAAACAUUUCGCCUUUCACAGCACCUGUGCGUGCUAAAGGUAUAAGGUCGUAUGUGCUCAAUAAUAAUAAUGGCGAUACUGAACGCAAUAAGUCGAAGCCGAUGGCCAUUGUAAAUACUUUUUGAAUUCUUGCUGUAACUCGAGCAUCUCCGCGGUGGAUUUGAAGUGCAUAAUCGGUGUAUACAAAUAUCUGAAAGCAUUCGUACCAUCAGGGAGGCAGAGACAUCCGGGUAAUAUCCGAGACCCCCGAAACCUGGGAACCGGCUCGGGUCCGGUCUUGGUGCUGGCGACGAUGGUGAGCGCAGUUAAAGUCCCUCGAAUUCUUUGCCAGCUCACGCGAUCGUGUACGCUGGCUUUGAAGUCGUUGUAUUCUUUUAAUUUUCUGAAUCUUCCCUCCCAGUUUGUUGAAUGGCGUGGCGGUACCUUAAAUUUUAAUUUUAUUAGAUCAGGUAAUUGUAGGGUUGGUUGUUGUUGAGCGUAGUGCAUCUGCACCCUGUAACGUCAAACAUAUCAAACUCUUCCUCAAAGUUAAUCAGUGAAAAAAUCAAUAAAUAAUUUAAUCAAUCUGCAGUCAGUCGGUUAGUUUAUUAAUUAGUCAAUCAGUUAUUCGAGCAAUCUCUCUACCAUUAGUUCACCAAAUAUGAACUGUACAAUAAAUCACCUUCUUCAUAAAUUGAGGUGCAAGAGUGUGCAGCUCAUAGGCAACGGUCAAGGCCGUCGUUUAAUUGACUCACGCGUUUUCUAAUUAUUUUAUAUAAUAAAAUGCUAAAAGAAUGGCAAAACGAAUGUGAACCGAAUGUCUGGGUGCGCCGGAGCACGUGUGAAUCGGGGCUUUCGUCAGUAAAAUCAUUUCUCGGAUAAUUAUAGGUGAAAGGCAGGUAUAGGUAAAUUCAUGUACCGCGAAGGGUUUUUAUUUGGCAUCUGUGUGGAGUGUGUAUGCGAGUGUGCAAGUCGUUAUAGUUUUAAUCCGUUGGGUGGGAUGUGGGCUUAAGAAAAUGGGCAGGCAAGAAAUCGGAAGUGCAACUAAUUUUCUUUGCACAGCGAUUCCAAGUGAUCGAUUGAGUAGAGAUUAUCAAAUUGGAUUAUCUAAUUUUGUGUAACAUUCAACUCGAUAUCUUUCUAACAAUUCUUUUCACGUGGUCUUUCAGAUCUCUUUACUGAGAUCUAAUAGAUCAUCUUCUUUUCUAUAAUUGGCAAACAAAUCAAAGUAAAUUAACUUUAUUGCUUCCCUGUAAUAUUUGUGGUCAUUUGGAAUGAGCAAAAUGCGUUCACCUUGCUCUCCGUACCAGCCGUGGUGCACGGAAGUGGGGUGGACGUUGAGCUCGAAGACUUCGCGUCGAAGAGGAUCGCCGACCGCCACGCCAUACAUACCUCUCCUCUCCUUUUCUCCGGCUAAUUCGAAUAGAAGAUUGCGAUUGAAAAUUGCAUUUCUUUCAUUUGGAUUAGCAGAAAUAUUCCAAGUCUGACGCUGUUUGCGUGGGAAUACAACGCGAGGACGAGGAAUCGCGUCUCAGCAUAUUUCAUUUCGUGCAUGCCUAUUUGGGCAAUUUUAAAAACAAUACCUAGCGUGACUUGCCAUCUUGCAAGGCGCAUUAAAAACUUGACUAAUAUCGGUGGUUGGAAUAUGUAUUGAGAGAUUUUCUUUCAGGACUUUAAAGUGAAAUAAUAAACCAAGUCCCGUCGCUGCUGCUCGUAUGCGCGCGGUCUUUGCUCUUAAAACAUGCAUUGCAACGCUUCAUGCGUUUCAAACCCAAAAGCCGAAAAAUUGUAAGGAACCAAGUACUAUCGCACCUAUUUGUCCGUGGUACUUGACUUCCACGGGAUUAUUUGCAAGAAACUAAUCAAAAUUUUACCUUUCAGAUUAAUAUUUACCUACUGUUAAUAAUAAUAAAUUUUCUCGCAGGUACUAAUCAUGAGUUUUUAUUUUCAGAUUGAUUACCAAUUAAAAUUUUCUUACAGAUGUUAGGUUUUAGUCUUUAGUUUUAUUGCUAGUCGGAUGUUCACAGGCUGUCCCUGGCUACUAAUAUGCAGUUUUCUUUCUGAUUUCAGAAAUCUAAACUCUUGAAGAAUUUUCUUGAAUUAUUUGAAUAAGAAUUGAUACAAACUUAGUCUUGGGUCACAAAAAUACAUCUCGAACGGAAAAUGGCAAAUCCAUCAGCCAACUUGCCAGUAUCCAGCAUUCUGAAAAAUAAGAGCAGUUUUGAAGAUGAGCCUAGGAAAAAAAGCAGAGAGGAUUGGCGCAAAGCAAAGGAGCUAGAAGAGGCUCGUAAAGCUGGUACUGCACCUGCUGCUGUUGAUGAAGAGGGAAAAGACAUUAAUCCACAUAUUCCCCAAUACAUUAGUGCAACACCUUGGUACUUUGGUGCAGAGGGACCUACACUCAAACAUCAAAGACCCCAACCUGAGAAACAGAAGCAAUUCAGUCAUCUAGACGAAUGGUACAAACGAGGCGUAGAUACUAGUAAAGUAUCAGUAAAAUACAGAAAGGGAGCUUGCGAAAAUUGUGGGGCGGUCACUCAUAAAAGAAAAGACUGCAUGGAACGACCUCGUAAAGUAGGUGCUAAAUUCACUAACGCUGCCAUAGCUCCUGACGAAUUUGUACAGCCUGAUUUGUCUGUUGAUUAUGACGGCAAACGAGAUAGGUGGGCAGGCUACGAUCCUGCUGAGCACAGAGCAAUUGUUGAGGAAUAUCAAAAAAUCGAAGAUGCUAAGAGACAAAUGCGCGCAGACAAACUGAAUGCUGAAGAAAAUGAUGAACAAGAUUCAGACAAAGAUGAAGAUAAAUAUGUAGAUGAAGUUGAUAUGCCUGGUACAAAAGUUGACUCCAAGCAGCGUAUUACUGUUAGAAAUUUAAGGAUCCGAGAAGACACUGCCAAAUACUUGAGAAACUUGGACCCGAAUUCAGCAUACUAUGAUCCCAAGACCAGAUCUAUGAGAGACAAUCCAUAUGCAGGAACAGAUCAAGAGGUAGCCUACAGAGGAGAGAAUUAUGCACGAUUUUCUGGUGACACUCAACAGCAUGCAGUAGCACAGCUGUUUGCAUGGGAUGCUCAUGAGCGAGGUGUUGAUGUUCAUCUUUUGGCAGAACCGACAAAACUGGAGUUGCUUAAACAAGAAUAUGACAAAAAGCGAGACGAGCUCAAGGAGGAGGCACGUGGCGGUGUUAUUCGACAGUACGGAGGAGAAGAACAUCUUCAGGCACCACCUGCUGCCCUAUUACUUGCUCAAACUGAAGAUUAUGUCGAAUAUUCGAGAUAUGGAAAGAUAAUAAAAGGUCAAGAAAAACAGGUGAUACGUUCAAAGUAUGAAGAAGAUGUUUAUCCAAAUAAUCAUACGACAGUAUGGGGGUCUUAUUGGCAUGGAGGUCACUGGGGCUACAAAUGCUGUCACUCUUUUGUGAAAAAUUCAUACUGUACUGGCGAUGUAGGGAAACAGACUGCUGAUGUACUAAUUUCUGGGCCCAGUGGAUUAGAAGAGGGUGAACAAAGGGUAGAAGCAAUUACUGAUCCAGUAACAACAGAAGAAAAAACAUCAGCGCACUUGAAUGAUAAUUAUGAAAAGAAGAGCAGGAGAAACAGUGAAUCCUCGGCUAGUAAUAAAAAUUCAAGUGAAUCGUCGAACGAAGAAGAAAACUGGGCGUCAAAAACAGAGCGAAAAAAAUCGAAGAAAAAGAACAAGAAAAAGAAACAAAAGGAAAAAAGAAAAAACAAAAAGAAAUUUGAACAAAGUACGGAUAAGUUGAAGGAAGCCUUGAAAAAAGAAGUGGAAAAUCAGAAAGAGGCAGAUAGGUUAUUAAAACUUGAUGAACGUAAACGACCCUACAAUAGUAUGUUUGAAGUAAAAGAACCGACUACCGAAGAAAUUGAAGCUUUCCAGAUGAAAAGAAAACGCGAGGAGGACCCCAUGGCGCAUUUUCUCAAUUUAUGAUCUAGCUAUCAAUUCUGUAUGCACGAUUUGCUGUUCAUGUCAAAUUAUUUAAUUCAUAGUUUUUAGUUAAAAAAUAUUAUAUGUAAAACUAAUAUAGAUGAAAUAAUUAAAACAUUUAAAUCGG